AUGCCUCCCAGGCCGUCAUCAGGAGAACUAUGGGGGAUGCACUUGAUGCCCCCCAGCAUCCUGGUGGACUGUCUCCUGCCAAAUGGCAUGCUUCUGACAUUGGAGUGUCUCCGGGAGGCCACACUCAUCACAGUCAAGCACGAGCUUUUCAAAGAGGCAAGGAAGUACCCGCUUUACCAUCUGCUGCAGGAGGAGAGCUCCUACAUCUUUGUCAGUGUCACCCAGGAGGCAGAUCUGGAGGAGUUUUACGACGAGACCAGGAGGUUGUGUGAUCUUAGGCUUUUCCAGGCCUUCCUUAAAGUUAUUGAACCAGUAGGCAACAGAGAGGAGAAAAUUCUCAAUAGAGAGAUAGGUUUUGCUAUCGGGAUGCCUAUAUGCGAGUUUGAUUUGGUGAAAGAUCCAGAAGUUCAGGAUUUCAGAAGGAACAUUAUAAAUGUUUGCAAAGAGGCGGUGGAGCUCAAAGACAGUAACGGACCCCACAGCCGAGCUUUGUACGUCUACCCACCUAAUGUAGAAUCGUCUGCAGAGCUUCCCAGGCACAUCUACAACAAGCUAGAUAAAGGUCAAAUUAUAGUUGUCAUUUGGGUCAUUGUGUCACCCAGCAAUGACAAACAGAAGUACACUCUGAAGAUCAACCAUGACUACGUGCCUGAGCAGGUGAUUGCAGAGGCCAUCCGAAAGAAGACACGGAGCAUGCUGCUCUCCCAGGAGCAGUUAAAGAUGUGUGUACAGGAGUAUCAGGGAAAGUACAUCCUCAAAGUCUGUGGCUGUGAUGAGUACUUACUGGAGAAAUACCCUCUAAGUCAGUACAAGUAUGUGCGCAGCUGUAUUAUGCUGGGAAGGAUGCCCAACUUGAUGCUAAUGUCCAAAGACAGCCUGUAUUACCAGCUACCUAUGGACAACUUCACCAUGCCCUCCUACGCAAGGCGAAUAUCCACAGCAACGCCAUACAUGAAUGGAGAAACUGCCACCAAGCCUCUAUGGAGUAUCAAUGGAACACUGCGGAUUAGGAUACUGUGUGCCACUUACGUCAACGUCAACAUCAGAGACAUUGACAAGAUCUAUGUCAGGACAGGGAUAUACCACGGUGGAGAGCAGUUGUGUGACAAUGUCAACACCCAACGUGUGCCCUGUUCUAACCCCAGGUGGAAUGAGUGGCUCAACUACGACAUGUACAUUCCAGACAUUCCCCGCGCUGCACGGCUCUGCCUCUCAAUCUGUUCUGUGAAAGGGAGGAAGGGAGCGAAAGAGGAGCACUGUCCCCUCGCCUGGGGCAACAUCAACCUGUUUGACUACACCCACACACUGGUGGCAGGAAAGAUGGCCCUCAAUCUAUGGCCUGUCCCACACGGCCUGGAAGACCUGCUCAACCCCAUCGGUGUCACAGGCUCGAACCCCAACAAGGAAACUCCUUGUCUUGAAUUAGAGUUCGACCACUUCAGCUGCCCUGUCAAGUUUCCUGAUAUGGCCACCAUAGAAGAGCACGCAAACUGGAAUAUAUCUAGAGAGCUCGGCUUUAAUUACUGCCACACUGGUUUGACCAACAGACUGGCGCGUGACAACCCUCUGACUGACAGCGACAAUGAGCAGCUGCGGCAGGUGUGUAACAGAGACCCGCUGUCUGAAAUCACUGAGCAGGAGAAGGACUUCCUGUGGAGACACAGACAAGACUGUGUCAACCUGCCAGAGAUCCUUCCCAAGAUCCUUCUGGCUGUGAAAUGGAACUCCAGAGAUGAGGUUGCACAGAUGUAUUGCCUUUUAAAGGACUGGCCUGCUAUCAAGCCAGAACAAGCCAUGGAGUUGCUAGAUUGCAACUUCCCUGAUCCUAUGAUCAGAGAGUUUGCCGUGAAGUGCCUUGAGAAAUAUCUAACCGAUGACAAACUCUCUCAGUACCUCAUUCAACUGGUUCAGGUUCUAAAGUAUGAGCAGUACCUCGAUAAUCCACUUGCACGCUUCCUGCUGAAAAAGGCAUUAACCAAUCAGAGGAUAGGACAUUUCUUCUUCUGGCAUUUAAAGUCAGAGAUGCACAACAAGACAGUGAGCCAGCGGUUCGGGCUGCUGCUGGAGUCGUACUGCCGGGCCUGUGGCAUGUAUCUGAAGCACCUUAGCAGACAGGUGGAGGCCAUGGAGAAGCUCAUCAAUCUCACUGACCUUCUCAAGCAGGAGAAGAAAGAUGAGGCACAGAAGGUUCAAAUGAAAUUUCUGGUGGAACAGAUGAGGAGGCCUGACUACAUGGAUGCACUGCAAAGCUUCACCUCCCCACUGAAUCCUGCACACCAGCUGGGAAACCUCCGCCUAGAGGAAUGCAGGAUGAUGUCAUCAGCCAAAAGACCUCUCUGGCUUAACUGGGAAAACCCAGAUAUGAUGUCGGAGCUGCUCUUUCAAAACAACGAAAUCAUCUUUAAAAACGGAGAUGAUCUGAGGCAGGAUAUGCUGACACUGCAAAUCAUUAGGAUAAUGGAGAACAUCUGGCAAAACCAAGGGCUUGAUCUCAGGAUGCUGCCCUACGGUUGUCUGUCGAUUGGCGACUGUGUAGGUUUGAUUGAAGUGGUGAGGAACUCUCACACCAUCAUGCAGAUCCAGUGUAAAGGAGGCCUGAAGGGGGCGCUGCAGUUUAACAGCCACACACUGCAUCAGUGGCUCAAGGAUAAGAACAAGGGAGAAAUGUAUGACCAGGCCAUAGAUCUGUUCACACGGUCGUGCGCAGGCUACUGUGUAGCCACAUUUAUCCUGGGCAUAGGAGACAGGCACAAUAGCAACAUUAUGGUCAAAGAUGAUGGACAGCUGUUUCACAUAGAUUUUGGUCAUUUCCUUGACCACAAAAAGAAGAAGUUUGGGUACAAGAGAGAGCGCGUGCCCUUUGUGCUCACGCAGGACUUCUUGAUUGUGAUUAGCAAAGGAACUCAAGAGUGCACCAAAACGAGAGAGUUCGAAAGGUUUCAGGAGAUGUGUUACAAGGCAUACCUAGCAAUCAGGCAGCACGCCAACCUCUUCAUCAACCUCUUCUCCAUGAUGCUGGGCUCAGGGAUGCCCGAGUUACAGUCCUUCGACGACAUCGCUUACAUCAGAAAGACCCUGGCCCUCGACAAGUCGGAGCAGGAGGCCCUGGACUACUUCAUGAAGCAGAUGAACGACGCUCAUCAUGGAGGGUGGACUACCAAGAUGGACUGGAUCUUCCACACAAUCCGGCAGCACACUAUGAACUGAGCGGACUGUGGCAACAACAGCACACUAAAAACCAAAAGGAUAGUGGGAAUCGAACGAGGUAUUUACUCUUAACACACUAAAGCCUGGUCAAUGCAUAUGCCAGCGGGUGACUCUGAAACAUUGCCUCCCAGUGUGCUACGACAUCAGGGAGCUCGGCAGGGCCUUUUUCUUGGAUGUAACAUCUAAGCUCUCAGUGAGAAUUUCAUCUCCAUGCACACCUUAGAAGCAAGGGUGCGAUUCAUAUAUCAUGUUUCAUCCGUCUUAUUCAUAGGAACUAAACAUGUCUAUUGGACCUUGACUAGGUUGGUCUUCAUGUGAACACUAUUGUGUCUGUUUGUAUUAUUUCUAUAAAUAUGUUCAGUAAACCUGCAACCAUUAGCAUUAACUAAGAAUCAGUACGGCGGUAUACUACGAGCACAGCUGACAAACUGACAGUAACGACAUUAGUCCCACUACCUGUUUCGAACUGAUGAAGACGGGGGCGACGGGCGGCUGAAACACAGUGAAGGAAGCGUGAUAGGUGCCCAGAAACUCCUGUCACAGUCCUCACACACUAAAAGACUGACAGAGGAUGCAUUGUGGAAAACUCAAGCUGAAACAACAACUUCUUUGUAGCCUAAAGGAGAGAUGUCCUUAUUUUAGAAAUCAUGUCACUAUGUAACUCACUUUUUUACAGCUUUGUAUCAAUUGACUUAUAUGCAUUUAGUGCACAUAUUCCUUUUUAAUUCUAUUUCCUACUGAGCCAAAGUACUACGUAUGUAAUCCCACUACUUAGUUGUCUUACUGUUUUAAAAACAGUCACUAUUAUUCCAAAUGUCACGUGUCCUUGAAGCACCGAUCUGCGCAGUAUUUUGUCUUCGUUUUGUUUCGUCUAUCAGUAUUAUUAUCUGACAAUUGAAACACUACCGAAAUCCUUUCUAAGCCGCUGCAGACGGGUGUGUGACCUGUGAUGAACUGGUUAUUUGUGAUAUUUAGGCAAGCGUUCCUCGUGUGUGCAGUGCUUGUUACACUAUGCAAGUUGUGAUCAUAUGUACUGUACACUGCAGGUCUCCGUGUGAGCGUCAGGGGACGCCUCCUUACUCUGAGGAGUGUGUCAAAGAAAUUUAAACACACAGUACAGACAGUAAAACGACCGAUGGUCUCAAAUGGUUCUCUACUUUUUCCUAAUAGAAAUAACUGAGAAAUAUCUUUGGACCCUGCUUUUUACCUCGCCUAACCAGGUCCAUAUGUGGAGGCCCACAACAAGCUCUCUGGAAGACGUUACAGGAGGUGUUUUGAAUUUUUACCAGACCCUCCUCACUUAUGCCCCUUAUGGUCUGAGAUCAUACGGAUUAGGUAACUAGAAGUAAUUGAAAUGAAUUUUAAAACAAGUGUCUUCGUCCCCCGUGUCCUUUAAAUGUCCCCCUAAUGUGUGAGGGAGUAGUCUUUGCAGGUUUGCCUAAAGCACAGGCACAUGUCAGGGGUCAGGCAGAGCUCUGGCGUUACAACAGCGUGGUUUCCCCAAACACUCGAGUCUGUAUGAAAGUCCAGUUUUUCACCAUGCACAUGCUCAGGAAACCGAUCCCACAGAGAUGCAUGUGCUGCUGUACAGGCUACAGAGCUGUGGGCGGGUCCCAGCCUGAAAGAACUAGAUCCCAUAGAAAAAAAAUCCAUCUACACCUAAUGAUAUAAUUUCCCCUUUUCUACUUAUGGUUGCUGUUUCUCAUGCUGCAUUAUGCAUGAGGUCCUUGAAUAUCUUCUUUCUGAUUUUGAUUUUUUGUUUGACCUGAUGUUGUUUACUUGAAUUUCAUGUAUAAAAGCGAAUUUGUUACGUGUUUGAGGUACAACAGAGUCACAAUGAAGGUAACAGAAUCUGCUACUGCUACUACAUGUGCAAAUGCUUUCCUUGAAUAUUUACAGAGGUAAUAUAUUUUUGUAUUUUUAAAAAGAAAAAAAAAGUGUAAGCGAGCUCAUACAUGUAAGUGCUAACCAAAAGACCGGGAGGAGCCGUACGUGUACGUUCACCAUCCUCAUAAGAACCCAGUAGACAGCUUUUAGUUGUUGAAACGAUAUGAAUGGCAAAGCCGAGGUAAAUGGUUGAAUGAAGGACAAGACAAGGACUUGAUGCUGUUGUCGGAGGGACAGUCUUUAUAAGUGGAGCUUUCCUCCAGAGUGGAAGUCAGUAAGCACAAUAAGUAGCUUAUUCUGCAUGUUUUAACCCACAUCCAUAUGUUAACUGUCUUUGCAUCUGUAUAUAUCAUCAACCUUUCCAGUACUUGCUUUAAUCAUCCUCAUAUGACCAUGUCAGAUAAGAAACUGUAUGCAUUCAUUUAUUAUACUGUUGAAUAAUAAAAACAUUUCUCCCUCUCA